UAUUAUGGGCUGUGGGCGCCGCCGCCGCCGCCGCCGCUGCCGCCGCGGAGCAAGAUGGAGCUGUCUGCAGUAGGGGAGCGCGUCUUCGCCGCCGAGUCCAUCAUCAAGCGGCGCAUCCGAAAGGGGCGCAUCGAGUACCUGGUGAAAUGGAAGGGCUGGGCCAUCAAGUACAGCACCUGGGAGCCCGAGGAGAACAUCCUGGACUCCCGCCUCAUCGCCGCCUUCGAGCAGAAGGAACGAGAGCGUGAGCUGUACGGGCCAAAGAAGAGAGGACCUAAGCCCAAAACUUUUCUCCUGAAGGCUCGGGCCCAGGCCGAGGCCCUCCACAUUGGGGAUGUACACUUUUCUGUCAAGCCUGGUUCCAGCACCUCCUCUCCCAAGCUCCACUCCAGCGCCGCGGUGCACCGGCUCAAGAAAGACAUCCGGCGCUGCCACCGCAUGUCCCGGCGCCCCUUGCCCCGUCCAGACCCCCAGAACGGCGGGAGCGUGGGUGGCGGGGCUGGCAUCCGUCCUCCCGUCUCGCCCUUCUCGGAGACCGUCCGCAUCAUCAACCGCAAGGUGAAACCCCGCGAGCCCAAGCGCAGCCGCAUCAUCCUCAACCUCAAGGUGAUUGACAAAGGUGGGAAGCCAGCCAACGGGGCUGGGGGCCUGGCUCGGCCAAAGAUCCCCUCCCGGAACCGCGUCAUCGGCAAGAGCAAAAAGUUCAGCGAGAGCGUCCUCCGCACCCAGAUCCGCCACAUGAAGUUCGGCGCCUUUUCGCUCUACAACAAGCCGUCCACUGCGCCGGCCCCCUCUCUGGAGAGCAAAGGGGAGGCUGAAGGCUCCCAGGCCACCUCCUGUGGGCUCAUUAUGGGCUCUACCCCCUAUGAUGCCCCCAGCUCCAGCUCCUCCGGCUGCCCAUCGCCCGCCCCUCACUCCUCCUCCGACCCAGAUGAUUCCCCUCCGAAGCUGCUCCCUGAGACCCUCAGCCCAGCCAUACCCGACUGGCGCGAGUCAGAGGUCCUUGACCUGUCGAUCCCACCUGAGUCGGCUGCCACCAGCAAGUGUUCUCCCACGGGAGGGUGCAGUGGGGGGCAGACGCCCUCCUUGUCCCUUUCCUCUUCUGACCCGGAGCAGGAGGCUGGCGACUGGCGUCCCGAGAUGUCCCCUUGCUCUAAUGUGGUGGUCACGGAUGUCACCAGCAACCUCCUCACUGUCACCAUCAAGGAGUUCUGCAACGCAGAGGAUUUUGAGAAGGUGGCGGCAGGCGGCGGCAGCGGAGGAGGCAGCAGCAAGUGAGCAGCCAGGUCCUCCCUGCUCCAGGGGAGUGGGGGGAGCUCUACCUGCAAGAAGUUGUGGUGCGAAUGGCUGUCCUUAGUUCUCUCCUUCUCCCCUUGGCUGUCCCUCUGCCCUCACUGGCACCCUUCCUGCUCCUUUCUUCCUGCCUGCUUCCUCUUGCCUGGAGGCUGGAGUGUCAGUGGGAGGGAGCAGGGGCACCCACCAUUCCGGGUGUCGCUGUUGCUGGGAGGAGGCAGGGAGGGUCAUGGUGGGGCUGGGGCUUGGUUAUUUGUCCUUGAAUGUGGUGUUGUCCAACGGGUGGUGGAGCCUUUGGGGAUGAGGGUGAGCGUGUGUCUGUGUGCCUGUGGGGGUGGUGGGGAAGGUGCUCUUCCCCCUCCUUCCACUUCCAUCUGUGACAAAAACUGAAGAGAAGCUCCAGACCCUCGAGGGGAGGAUGUAUGAGGAUUGGAGCCCUCGCCCACUCCCCCCUGAGCCUUGUCCCACAAUGUGCAUGCAGUCUCUUCCGUUCCUGUGUUUCCCCCUUGGCAUGACCCCAGUCCUGCCAUCAUUCCCAUUAUUUGCCUGUGACCUGGGUCUGCACUGUCUUCGUGGCAGUGGCUGAUCCAGAUACCUCCAGAGCAAACAGGAGGGGGGCAGGUCAAGUGUCAUGCCUGGAAGGUGCUUGAGACAAAGCUGGGGUGGUGGGGCUGCCCCAUGCAGCAUGCCCCCCCAUAUUGGCUUCCCAUUUCCUUUGACUAUUGGUGCUACCUUGGCAGUUGUAUGGGUGCUUUCAGGUGGCCUGGUCCCUCCUUCUCUCCUGCAUCUUCCAACUGUCUCAGCUUUGCUGGGGGAAGGGAAGACAAGGGGAGUCUGCCUCUGGCCCAGAUCUUCCUCCUGGUGUUCAUCACUUGCACUUGCUAUGGGGAGAGGGCAUGAAAUGCCCUUCCCUGGCCUUUCCGUGGUGGAAGUGGGAGUGGGCUGUGCAUCCAUCCUUCAGUUUGGGGGAAGAUACACCAACAGCUUGAGGCUGGUCUCCUGCCUCACACAUAGGCUUCCCCCAGCUCUUUGUUUCCUCUUGCUCCCUGGGAAGGAGUGAGAGAUGGAAGGGUGGUUGCUAAGGUGGGUCAGUUUGCUCUUCCUGCUUCCUUUCAUCUCCUGCUCUCCCUUCCCUGUGGUGGAUGGCCUGGAAGGGGUUCACCUCUGUCUUCUCAGCAUCUGAAACAGCCCUUACAACUGUCAACCAAAGGUGCUAAUACGAAAUAGCUCUCUUGCAUCGUUUGCAUGUGUGCUGGAUCUCUUCCCCCAGAGCUCCUUUGAGCUGAUCUACAAAUUCCUUCUCUUCCCCCCUAGCAAAUAGGAGGGGGCAAGACUACAGCUUGCCCUUCUUUGCCCACAGCUUCCUCUUUGCCUCACCACCCUUGUUCACAUCCAGAAUAAGCUCUCUCUUUCUCCUGCCAUUUCUGGCUUGCUCCAUUUCUACCUGAGUCCUAAGCUUCACAGUGAGAUGCCAUUCCUGUGCUCUCCCUUCUCCCCCUACUUGCACAGGGCUCAGCCUGUAGGGGCAAGUUAAAGAGGUGCUGAUCAGUCAGUGGGAGAGCCUCACCCUCUCAACCCUGUCCCACAUAUUUGGGAUGGGGCAGAGGAGUGUCACUUCUAUGUAUUUGCUGCAGAGGUGAAAAGGGUGGAAAAAAAUACCCCCAUGCCAGGGCUCACCUGCUUACAAACCUGACCUGGGUGGGUGAACGUGAGUGGAAUCAACCCCUCUGGUGCUUCCACGCAAGGAUGCUCGAGAGCUGCCAGCUCCAAGGAGUGCUCUUGUGUGGAGUAGUGAUUUUGUGGUCAUGGUGGUCUGAGGGUAGAAGGGAGGCAGUCUGUGGGAGAGAGGUAAUAUUUUUCUGCCCAAGGGAUGUUGUUGGGGCGGCAGAGGGAUAGACCAGCUUCUGACCUUAAUUAGGGCUUCUGUGCCCAGAGCUUGUCUUUUCCCUGCCUCCAGUGCCUGGGUCGGUGUAAUAAAAUCUUUGCUGCCCUCUCCACAAGCCUUGCCUCGCAGCGGGUGGAAUUCAAAGCCAUGGGGCAUGGUGAAUUCACACCAGCUGCUGCUCGGUGUCUGUGCAGAGAGUCUGAGGGGGAUUCCAGGUGCUGUUAGCACCACCCUUUCCACACCUCUUUCUGUUUCUUUCCUUGAUUAAAGAGCUUAGUGGACUCUUUGGGGAUGCAGCUGCAUUUGCAGCUGAAGCUAGGGGUAGGGAGAAAGACUUCCCCAUUCCAUUCACCAAGCUAAGGCUUCCUAUAACUUGUUGGACUUGUGUGCGUGUCUGUAUUAAUACCUGCCUGUAUUUUUCGUGUCUCUACUUUUGCAUCUUUCCUGUGCCUGGCACACCCAGGGAUCCCUUAUUUUAGCAUAGCCUAUCCAUUUGACUGCAGCUUCAAAGAUGAGCAGUUUGUAGGCAUAGGGAGAAAGCUCGCUCUUAAGGAAACAGCGAGGAGAUUCCUCUCUUUAUUUUCACCCCCAUCUCAACAAGAACUAUUCUGCAGCUGUGAGAUAAGAGGAGCUUCCUUGUGGGGUGGAUACAAACUGGCCAGUCACUUUAGGUUGUUGAGUUACUGUUUGGCGUGUAUGUGGUGAUGUGUUUUGUUUUGUGGUAUUGAGGUUCUGGAAAAAAAAAAUAGAAGCGUUUAAGUGGGAGAUAAAAGGGAACUUUAAUAGGAAAUUCUUGAUGUGUUUUGGCCAAGGUGUGUGUUUGCUUGGCAGAAUUCUUUUCCCCAGUGUCUCUUGUAUGGUGUUCUUUGGGGGCAGGGGACAGGAAUUGUUUAAUUGAAGGGGUUUUGCCUUUCUCCAGAGUGACAAGGGAGGGAACUGUCUGUGAAGAGCAAAACAGUGGGUCAUUGUAGGGAUACUCCAUGAGGACCUUCUUCCUGUGGUGAGGAGAUGAGGGGACUUCUUGUGUCAAAGGAACUUGUGCAGGACCUCCUCUUUGUGGAGGAGGAAAGGAGUAUGAUCCGGCUUGCAGACACAGCUCGACUGCUUGUGUGACGUAUCCCUCCUUGGGUGGGUCACCAGGUGGGAACUAAACCCUGAACUUCUGGAUCCGAAAUGAGGAUCCUGUGCUGUUCUGAGUUACAUAUUUGUUAACUUAAACACAGCAGCAGCCUCAAGUUCCCACAGGUGGACAAGCCACUUGAGGCUGACUAACCUACCUUUGUAUUCAUGUGGGUUACACUCCUCCUUCUGAAUUUUUGCCCUUACUCCUUAAUGGAGCUGGGAAAGCAGAUGCAUCUAUGCCCUUCAGAAAGGGCAUGGGAUUGAGGGAGGAGUUUAUUUGAAAGUAUCCCUUUCCCUUCCCCAUAACCCUUAGAAAAAAACAAAACACAAAACAAAACAGGGAAAUAUUCUCUGUGUCUGUGCCAUGUUUGUUCUCGUCGUCGUGUUUUUAGAGGAGAUUUUAUGAUGGAGUGGAAAAAGUGAAAUGAUUAGUUUUGCAUAAAAAAAAUAAAAGCUUAAAAAAAAUUUCUACAGGGAGAGAGCGAGAGAGAGAGAGAGAGUUUAAAAAUUAAUAAUAAAUGCAGUGAUUGCACAAACUAGUGGUAUUAGAUGGUCCUUAGAGAAAAGAGUAUUUUGUAGUAUCGAAGCGUGUGUGUCUGGGAUGGUGUUUGGCUUGCUUGAACUGGAGGGAAAGGCAUUCUGGGACUAAUCAGCCAUCUCUGAGCUGAAAAGGCAAGUUGUAUGUUGGAGGAACCCCGUCUACAAACCCUUCCCGUCCUUGCCUCCCAAGCGUUGGAGUGAGUUCCCGUCCCUCCCAUACCUCUCCUGUGAGCUAAGGUGGAGUCUCCAAGUGGUUUUCCGGCCGAGCGGCCCUCAGAAAUGGCCAGUCAUGUUCUGCCAGAAUGUGGAUCGGGCCACUAACAUGGAAACAGUUGACUUAAUUUGCAUGCACAGCAAGCUGCUAAAAUUUGGGGUUGGCAUGUACCUUUCCUGCCAAGUCACCGUCUCUUCUCUUUUCCUUUCCCUAUAUCCAAGCAGGAUUAAACACAGUGGGCUUAUCUUCCGGGAAGCAGAUAUGCCUCCCCUCCGUAGGGUCUCUUAGCUUCUUCCAGCGUCAGGUACGGAGUGGCAUUUUUCCAUAUAGGAUUCACCCCAUCAGGACAGAGAACCAAGUCUCAUCUGUAUGUAGUCCAGCAUCCCAUCUCUCACAGUAGCUGGGUCUUCAGGGGCAGAUGAGAGAGCUGCCUUGUGUGCUCUGAAGGUGUUUCUGAGUGAAGUACACCCUCUUCUUGAGGCCAGCAAAUGCUGGAGGUUUUGGAGGUGGAGAGAGGAGAGGAACACUCUGACAGGACUAUGCUGGAGUAGGGCUCCCAUCUUCUGCUCCAGCUUCCUGGGGGGUGGCAGGGAAGAGUAGCCUGAAUGUUUCUUCAACGCAAGGAGGCGGUUAUUGCGUGCUGGCUUCCCCAUCCAAGAUGUCUCUGCUGGGCCUUCAUCUGGUGUGUGGGAGUGACUGCAGGGAAGAGGGAAGCCACCAGAUGUUGGUGUCUAACAGAAGGUGGCAGGCAGGGAAUGCUAGGACAGCUUCUAUUCUCUGGACUUCUCUGGUGCCCUUGGCUUUGCAGUGGCAGGUGACGGCUGUCUCGAUGCCUCUCAUAGCUUGGGCUGCUCUUGGGAACUUCUCUCUCUGCCCGUUGAGCUCUGUCAGUGCUUCCCACAGCCUUCAGCUUGGAGUGGCAGCCUCCUGUCUCGUGCUCUCUUUUUCUUGCUGAGCAGAGCGGGGCUGGGGAGGCGUGAAGCUAAUGAGAUGCAGGCUCCUUUUGAGAGGGAAAACGGAGAAAUAGAAAGUGGCGAGCAGGCCCAGCUGUGGUGAGCCACUACUUCAUUUCUGUUUUCAAAAAGAGAAAGGGAGCAUUUCUCCAUGUCUCCCAUUACUGAAUUUCCCAGGGAGAUUUUAUGAAAUAAACUAAACAAAAAAUACUCAGUCCUGCUUUUUACCAAGUAGGAGCUGUCUCUGAGCUGAGUCUUCCUAGGGAUUUCACUCCCAUUCCCAGCCCCUCUUUGUAGGGGAGGUUUUGGCAGCUCCCACUGUUUGGAGAUGAUUACCUUCCUGGGGACCUCCUGACAGAAAGAGGUUACUGUGCUGAAGGAUGGUGUCCCGAGUCCCCCACACUUCUGCCCACCCCAGGUUGUGGCAUUAGUGGGGCUGCUCAGGUUCUUCUUCCCGGGGAGGUGUAACAAACCUGGAGUGCGUGUCUGGCUAAGUGCUUAUUUACCCUCUCGCCUCCUUCCCCACCUUCCAACAAGACCUUUUCCUCCUUGCCUGGCGCAUCCUUUUACUCCAAUGUCGCUUGCUUUUGCUGCAUUUUUCAAUUGCCCAAUAAUCAUGCAAGAGCUGGGAUCUUAUUUACUUUUUAUAUAUAAAUAUAUAAAUAUAAAAGAAACCCUCCCCUCUUUCCCCCUGUCUCACCUGCCACCCUGCACACAGCCUUCCCGAUCUCUGCUCUGAAGGUGGUGUGCUCCAGAGGGUUGACUUGGGGCCAGGGAUUUGGUGCCUCCUGGGUUCUGUUCCUUCUUGGUUUGCUGUGGCCUUUCUGCCAGCUGUGUCACUGCCCUGUGCCUUGGUCUCCCUCGUGUGAAGGGGGCAGUGGGUGGAGGGGACCAUCCUGCUGAGGGUGCUGGCAGCCCGCCUCCCACGGCGUUUGCACAGAGCCGGAGGAGUGCCGAGUAUUGCUUCAGAAAUCCCCCUCUCCCUGCCCGUGCUUCCUUCCCUAGGCAACUCCAGCAAGUAUCUUCAUUUCAUCGAUGCUUUGGGGUUGAGCAAAUUAGUGGCUUUAUUUUCUUCUCUUCUAUUUUUCAGGUCCUUCCCCAGAGCGCAAUGUGUAUGGUUUCUUUUUGGGGGUGUAGAUGGGAGGAGAUAUUGGAGUCUUAUCUCCAGCCUCACUUUUGCCCUUCUGUUCUCUGCUUCUCUCCCCUUUUGCUGUUGCCCUGUGUCAGACUGUGUCCAGUGGGGAUUGCACCCUUGUCUGUGCAGCAUCAACAGCCUUGGCACAAGCAACUUCACAUGUGUUCUGUAUGGUGCAUCUGAAGUGCCCUGUGUUCCACAUGCCUCACCUGUACUGAUGUCACAGGGCCCUAAGUUCUUCCUUCUCCCUUUCUUUACAUUUCUCCUUCCAGGAAUGAAGGGAGGUGUAGUCAAUUUGCCCUUCCCGUGGUGGUGGGCUGCCUCUGGUAGCUCUUCUGUUCACAGAAUUGUCAGAAUUGGAAGGGACCUCUAGAGAUCAUCCAGUCCAACUCCCCCACUAAAGCAGGAUCCCUUAGAGCACAUUCCACAGGGCUGCAUCCCGGUGGGUUUGGAAUAUCUCCUGAGAAGGGGACUCCACAACCUCCCUGGGCAGCCUGUUCCAGGGCUCUGUCACCCUCACUGUAAAGAAGUUUUUCCUCAUAUUUAAAUGGAACUUCCAAUGUUCCAACUUGUGCCUGUUGCCCCUCAUCCUGUCACUGGGAACUACUGAAAAGAGUCUGGCUCCAUCCUCCUUGCACCAACCCUUUAGAUACUUGUAGGCAUUAAUAAGCUCUCCCCUCAGCCUUCUGUUUUCCAGGCUAAAGAGUCCCAGCUCUCUCAGCCUUUCCUUGUGAUAGGAGGGGUGCUCUAAUCCCCCAACAAUCUUUGCUGCCCUCCGCUGGACUCUCUCUAGUAGUUCUUUGUUCCUUCCAGCUUCUGCAUGGUGGGAAACAAGAUGUCUCCAGGACUGUUGGAAAGCGCAGUCCUUGGGCUGAAGGUGAGUGAGUGGGUGAGUGGUUCUAUGCUUUUGAGCCCUCUCUCUCCAGGCACCCAUCCCAGAGUGCCAGCAGAGAUGGCACUGGAGAUGGAGGAGUGGGGAUGCCCUCUGUGCUCCUGAGCUGAGCAGAGCAGGGAAGUGGGUAGCGGGCAGCAUGGUGCUGCAGCGUAGGGAAGUAGGAAGGUGACAGAAGAGCAGCAGGAUGUGGUCAGGGUGAUGACAGCUUCAGCAGUGGCUCAGAAAACACAUCUAGUGGGAGGGAAGGGUCAAGGUCAGGACAAGCAGCUGAAGUGUUAAUUCCUGUUGCAGAAUUCUUGACUUCAUUCCUUGUUCAGCUGAGCACUUAGAGCUUGCACUAAACUGCAGGGGCGCGGCAGGUGCAUCAGAGCACUUUGUGGGGCUUUAGGGCCUCAUAAGACUGGGAGAACCCUUCUGGGCAGAGCAGCAGGUAGGUGCUCUUUUGUUUGUAGGUUGCUCUUUAGCUGUCCUGGAGGGAGCCUGCUGCUUCUAGCCCCCCUGGCUGCAAAGGGGGACAUAGUCUUUAGGUCAAGUUCUCAAAUGGAACAAAAAACCAAAACUCAUUAUGGUUACUCUUUUUGUAGGAAAAAAAAAAAUGGUUACGCCCAUGUUGAUGCUGUCCUCUCCUCCUUUUCUCCUCUCCCCUGCCAUUAAGCCUUGUACACUCCUUAAGAAUAGAGAACUCUCUAUUUUGUGAUAUUUUCCCCCCUGUUUUAUUUUUGGAUAGAAAGUUGGGUGGUGGUGGAGGACAGGGGCCUGCCUCAUCUGUUUCUUCCUUUCACCUUUCCCAGUGCCAAGCUUAGGCUCAAAUCCUGCAGAUUCCUGCAAAUACUGAACUUUGAGCAGGCGAGUUAUCCCACUGAGCUCUGUGGUACUUGGGUGCUUCAGAUUCUGCCUGUGCUUGAGUUUUGGCAGCAUCAGAGCCUUAUCCUUUCUCUUAGAGAAGGUCAGACCUAACUCCUAGAGUGCUGAUGGUUCUGGUGCAACCCAUCUGUCUCUUUAUUUCCCCUCACUUGGCGUACAGAGUGAAGGUGGUAAUUUUUUUUAAUUUAAAAUAAACCUAAAUAUGUAUCUUGUAAUUUUUUUUAUUUUGAAAAAAAUGCAUUUAAGGAUUGUGCACGGAUGAAUUGUAUAUCUAUAUAUUUUUUUUUGUCUUGCAAUUUUCAUUUUAAAUAUAGUGUUUGUUCAGUUUUGUUUUGUUUUUAAUCCAGUUCCCAGCUGGCUAAACUCUGUCUAGAGCGGAUGGGUGGGAGGCUUAGCCACUGGAAGGGUGAUCGAAUCACCCCUUCCCCUGGCGCUUCCCACAAGAAAAUGGUUUGCUCCAGGUUGGGGGGUGGGGGUUGUGCUAAUUACUCUUGUAUUCUUGUACAUUUUGUUCUUUCUGCUGCUCUUGAAUAUUGUAUCAAUGCCAGAAAUGGGGAGUUAAAAAUCUAAAAAAAAAAAUAAAAAAAUUAACCCCAAUAAAUUGUUACAUUCCAAA